AUGAGCGUGUUCUUGGGCCAUCGUAGAAACAUAGAUAGGGUCGACGACGGAACGAACAACGAAACUUUACGACAGCUUUUUCGUACACGUUCACUUGCAUCACAUACACAAGUGCUCUCUGAACCGUGCAAUAAGGUUUGUAGGUUAUGCAAUAGAAGGGCUCUUGAGAGCGCCUGCUUUCAGAAAUGAAUGGAUCAGAAGGGGGCUGGGUUCUAUUUCCUGGCCGGGCGGGAGGUGAAGGCCAUAAGAGAAGAUAGCCCUCCCGGUAAGGAAGAGAGGAAAAAGGUGCUUUCUCAAAGCAGAGGAGGAAGGGUGGGCAGAAGGUACCACGAGCCCUCUGUCCCACACAUCUAUCCAGAAGCAAGUGUAGUUCACCGGUUCCACCGAAUGCUCCUAUCUCUCGGCAAAGAUCGUGUGAGUGUGCAGUUAUGCUUCGGAUGCUUCGCCAUAAUAGAUCGACGCAGUUCCCCUUCUUUUCCGGUGCACUCGCUUUAUAUCUCCGACACACAAGGAAGGACGCGGUGGGAAGGAAGCAGCCCUAGCCUCUGUCCGGCCGAUCAUUCCGCUGGCAUCUUGCAUUCACGCCUCCGUUUGACUGCCGCUCGGGGAUGUAGUUGUAGAUACGUUAGUCUUAGUGGGUCGUUGGCUCCACCUGUUAUCUCCUUCUACGACAUGCUGUUGUCGUCGCCAUAUUCCAUAUGUCACUUAGUCAUCUCUGCCUCGCUGCAGGUCAGCACCUCCGAAAGAAACGGAGGACUUCAUUCAGUGACUCCGCGAUCGCCCUCUAAACGAUCAGAAUAA